CCCGCUGAGAUUUUGUCACUGAAACCAGAAGCUCAAAAAAACCCAAAAGAUUGAACGCAGCUGCUGUAUCUCUCUGCGCCCUUCGACACCGAUUGGCAGGAGAAGCAAACAGUAAACCCAUUUCAUUUCACAAGCUAAACCAGAGAGAUCCGAAGACAAACGCGUCACUCGGAUCCAGCAAAAAUGAAUAUAUUCAGAUUAGCGGGCGACAUGACCCACCUGGCCAGCGUCCUCGUCUUGCUACUCAAGAUCCAUACUAUCAAAUCGUGCGCCGGUAUUUCUUUGAAGACUCAAGAACUCUAUGCCAUCGUUUUCGCUGCUCGCUACCUGGACAUUUUCACGGAUUUUAUAUCUCUGUAUAAUACCGUCAUGAAGUUGAUAUUCCUGGGGAGUUCAUUUUCAAUUGUUUGGUACAUUAGGGAGCACAAGAUUGUUCGUAGGUCCUAUGAUAAAGACCACGACACCUUCCGCCAUGUUUUUCUUUUGCUGCCAUGUGUGUUCUUUGCCCUAAUAAUCAAUGAGAAAUUCACCUUUAUGGAGGUCUUGUGGACAUUUUCAUUAUAUUUAGAAGCCGUUGCUAUACUUCCUCAGCUUGUGCUGUUGCAGAGAACAAGAAACAUUGACAACUUGACCGGCCAAUAUGUGUUACUUCUUGGUGCAUACCGAGCUUUAUACAUUCUCAACUGGAUUUACCGCUACUUCACUGAACCACACUAUAUCCAUUGGAUACCAUGGAUUUCCGGGCUUGUUCAAACACUGCUGUAUGCCGAUUUCUUCUACUACUAUUUCCACAGCUGGAAAAACAACAAAAAGCUCCAGUUACCGGCUUGAGUUCAGCCACCCUUUACUCAGUGUUCAGUUUUCCAUACAUUGCCUUAGAAUACUACGCACAAGGAUCAAAUAUGUUGCUCGGUAAAUGCUCGUUGUUGGACUGUCAAAACGGUGUAUUUUUUUCCGUCUUACCCUGUUUUGCUCGGUCGCACAUGGCUUCUCAAACCAACACUGUUUUCGGUAUUUAGGAAACGUAUACUUCGCAGAAUUAUCAUUUUUUAGUCAUGAUUAUAUUAUACUUCUCAAAAUGUCAUAUGUGUUGAGUCAUGAUAUUCAAUCUUUAACUCCAAUUUGUGAACAUUUUGAAGACUUGUAUAACGCAUGAGUUUGUCUCUC